UGUCAUCAUUAUAUUGUUGUUGAAACAUACUGGUAUAAUAAAUAAUACAUUUAAUAUUCUGAAGUAACGUUACCCUUACCAAUGCUUUUAAAUUAAAUCAUACGAAGUCAUGAUCUUAUCUUUCAGCAAUCACGCAAUAGAGGAAGUAAAAUAAUAAAAAUCUAGAAUUUCCAACAAAUAGAUAAACUGCAAGCGUUGUUGAAAGAUAAUUUAAAAAAUAGCGCUUUCGCUUGAUCAGUUCUAACAACGAAACCUAUGCCUUCGUUUCUAAGAAUAUGGCCUUUGAUGUUAAAUUGUGACGUCAAUCAUGUAGCAAUUCUUGAACGCGGUAAGUUGGUGUAUCGUUAAAAGAAACUAUAAUUAUAAGAUAUUAUUAAGAUAAAUUUCUUGAAUUCGUGUCUUUUAUCGAUUAUCAAACGAUGAUUGGAAGUAUUAAUAUUUCUUAAUCCCUCCUAAACCGACCUAUUAACUAAAUGCAUUUACCAGCCGUUAGAUUGGCAACCCUGUUGAUUGAUCGCUAUACUUUUACCCAGAAUGUGGUAUCACAUAUAUAUGUUCUCUUAUUCUUGGGCCACUCUCGGGGAAUGUAAACAGAAUUUUUUCGUAGAAAUUUAGUGACCCGGUCGAUUUACACGAUUACGACGUGUGUAGGAAUUACGACCUGUGAUAAUUGCGUCCGAUAAGGUUUGAACUUUUAAUUAAAAAACAAUAAUACAUUUGGGUAAGGCGUUUACUAUACAUCGAAGAAAGUAUUAAUACCCAGCGGGUAAAACGAGUUUGCUCCUUUCGUCUCUCUUACUCGUGCGCUUUGUCUGUGUACGUUUGUGUGUGUGCGCGCCUUUCAAGAAGUAUAAUACACGGCAAAAUGGAGUGUAGCACGAAAACGGAUUAUUUAGAUUUCAUAGAAUUGCAAUGAGAGAUAGAGAGAGAUUUGACAGCGUCGAGUCGAGGUGAUGGGAGCUAAAUAUGUCUUCAAAUACAGCAUAUUUUGGAAGACAUCCUCAAGAAAUGAAUCGAGUUUCGUUAGUAAAAUCAAAAACUAUAUUGAAUCAUGAUAAAUGUCAGUUUGCAGAUGCACAUAGUAUGUCUAAAAUUUGUAAAGACUACGUAGACCCAACAAAUCAUGGUUGCACAGACAGAACUUAUUUGUUGUACCAUAAGGACAGAACACAUUUAAAAAAUGAAUCAACUGAUUGUCCGAUAUACGGCAAAUGUGAAAGUAAAAUGUGCUCCAUUUGUCAGUGUUCAUUGGAAAAAGAAGUUAAAUGUUUUACGUGUAAAUGUGAAAUAAGGCAAAGUGAUCAUUAUGAUUUAACGAAGAAUUAUUUGUGCACGUGCAGCUAUUUCAAUUUGUUAAAUAGAUCUUCAAUAACAAGAGAUUAUUCCGAUUAUAGUUUAGAUUUAUCAGUUUCAAAAUCAACAGAUAUUCAAUGGAAGAGCUAUACUUGGAGAGGAAUUUUUAUAAUUAUUAUUGCUAUGUUAUGUACAAAUAUUUGCAAUGCAGAUCCCAGUAAGUGUGCAGUUGGCAUAAGGACUCCUGGGUGGACUUGGCCACAUGGUGAUAUUGUUCUUGAACAUGGUCAUUCUCUGAAAAUUCUUUGUGUAUUAAAUAAAACAUAUAUAGACCUUGAAUAUCCUGGAAAGAAUUCUUCUGAUUUGGUAUUCUUUCGCAACAUGAAAGAAAUGGAACCAGAAUAUAUUACUAUUAUCAAUGAAACUACAAUAUCAAUGUAUGUACAGCGACCAUCACCUGCAGAAGAUAUGUACUAUUGUAAAUUGAGACUAUCUAAUGAUGAUAAUCAACAUUUAGCAGUCUGUUUGAAUAAAGUUGUUAUUGGUUUUAAACCCAAAGAGCCAGAAAACUUCACUUGUAUAUCUCACAAUUGGGAAAAUUUGAUUUGCUCUUGGGAUCCAGUGAAAAAUUUUGUUACUACGAGAUUUACAUUAUUAUUUAAGUUACCUGGGAGAGCAGGAGGCCGGAAAUUAUUUCCUUGCCCGAAACAAAAUAAACCAAAUACUUGUUUAUGGGAUGCAUCUACAAAUCCAAUAUACAGACAACCAUACGAGUAUUACUUAUUCAUAUUAAAUAUAGAAAAUAUGCUGGGAAAUUUUAAUGUAUCAUAUAAAUUUCACCAUUUUGCUCAUGUUAUACCGGCAAAACCAGCAAAUUUAUCAGUAGUUAAUAAAACAGAAAAAAGUGCAAUGUUGCACUGGAGUGUGCCAUUUCCGAUGCAAAAUUUUCCACCUGGUUUGCAUCACAGAAUUACUUAUCAGAAUCAAUGGGAAAAUGAAGAAGAUUGGAAAGUUAUCAAUAUUACAAAUGAUAUACAUGCGGCCAAAAGAUAUUACAAUCUUACUGAGCUGAAUUAUUCUAAUACUGGUUAUGAUAUUCGUGUUUACAUGAAAAGUGCACUAGCAGUAGGAGAAGAUAAAUGGAGUGAAUUCAGUGGUAUUACAUUUAGAACACCAGCUGAAUUGCCUGCAUUACCACCACGUACUGAUAUUGGAAGUUUUGAAAUAGCAGAGAAUACAUUAUAUAGAGAUAUAUAUCUGUAUUGGCAAACUAUACCAUCGCAUUUGGAAAAUGGUAAAAAUUUUAGAUAUCAGAUUUAUUCUGUUGAAGAAAAUGGACGAAAAGUAGAACUUUUACCAAAUGAAACAACCAAAACAUAUGCAAAAUACAAAGGGAUAAAUUUAUACAGUACUUAUCGCUUUGAACUUGUUUCAAUGAAUUUAGUGGGUAUGAGUAAAGGGAGAUCUCAAAUAAUUGUGCCAAGCAAAUAUGACACUCCACCUGAACCUAUAGCAUUUACUAAAAUUGCAUUUGACGGAGGUUUAUAUGAAUUAUCAUGGAAACCACCUGUUACGAAUACAGAAAUUACAAAUUACACUAUAUUUUGGUGCAAUAAUGAACGCGAUCGACCUUAUCAAUGCACUGGUUAUUUGGAUUGGGUCCAUGUAUCAAAGAAUACUACAGUUUAUAAUAUGACUGUACCUAAUGCAAAACUAGUGUAUCAGUUUGCAAUUUCGGUAAAUACAAAAAAAGGCAGUAGUGGAAUGGUUUGGUCAUCGUGUACAGUGAUUCAUAAUAAAGUUGUAGGUAAAAUGAAAUCUGUAUGGAUAAAUCAUAUUGAUUCUGACUUUAUUGAUGCUGGAUGGAAAAUGGAUUGUUCUGAUCGUAUUGGCAUUAUAGAAAAAUAUACUAUUUAUUACUGUCCUAUAGUAUCUCCAUUAAACAUUAAUUGUAAAGGUCCUAAAUUAAAUAAAACAAUUAAAGCAGAUCCACAAACAAUACGUGGCUCAGUGCAUGGAUUAAAACCUUAUACUACAUAUAUGAUAGCUGUAUCUGUAACAACAAAAAAUGGAGAAAGUCUACAUAGUGAUCCUUUAUACAACACAACUCUUGAAGCUGCACCAAGUACACCGCCAAAAGAUGUUACAAUUGUUAAUGUUACAAACACAACAAUGUUUAUAACAUGGAAACCACCUGAUGCGAUGAAUGGUGUACUUAGAUAUUAUAAAGUUUAUUACAAUGGUUAUGUGCAGAAAGUUGAAGAAGCUAAUCAUAUUGAAUUAAAAGAACUUUUAGCAUACAAAAAUUACAGUGUUAAUGUUGUUGCUUGUACUGUGGCUUGUAGUGUAAAAUCUCCAACAAUUUAUAAAGUCACGGAAAUAGGUGUACCUGGAAAAAUUUUUAUACCAAAUGUACGAUUUAUGAAUUCGAGUCAAGUUAUGAUAAAAUGGUCUAAACCACAAAAUUCAGCUGGUCAUUUAGAUUAUUACGAAAUAUCUUCUAGUGAUGGUGAAAUUCAAAAUAGUACAAAAACUGAAGCCCAGUUACCUAUUCCUAAUUGUAAAACUGUAGGUAAAGAAAAACUUUACCAAUUUCGUGUAAGAGCAGUUAAUAUAGCUCCAAGUAACACUUAUUUGAAAGGACCUUGGUCAGAUCCCGGAGAAGGAAAUUGUUACAGUGAUGGACCAUCGUUUAAAGUUUGGGUAGUUAUAUGGAUGAUUGGUAUUAUAAGUGCUGUAGCUUUUAUUUUUGGUAUCGUAUAUACAACUAAGAUAAUGUGGCGUAAAUGUAAGGCUAUGCAAGAUGUUGAAGUCCAAUUACCACCAGGACUUGCACCAAAUAUGAAAUUACUUCAAAAAGGAGGAGAGCAACAUAUACGACAAUCUUCUGCCGAUUCAAGUGGAUGUUCAAGUGGACAAGAAUCUGUUACAUCUUCUCUUACAUCAAAUUCGCGAGUUUCUAGUGACAGUGGAACAGAAAUAGAUCCAAUACCAAUCACACCUAACAAAUUACUUGAAACCUUACCAGUUUGGGAAGGUUCAUCUAGCCUUCGUCAGAGAAAUAUUAGUGUUACUAGACCUGCGCUAGUAACAGAAACUGCUCGUUGGGAUUCUUAUGUGGCAAAAUCUGGAGAACCAAUAAUAGGAGACACAUCAUCUUUAGCAAGAUCAACUCCUAAUUUAACUGAUACUACAGGUUACACUACUUCUCAGCAUACGUGGUCCUCAACAGGGUAUAUUAGCAUGCCUUCAUCUGAAGAAUUAUCCAGUAAUCCAAGCUUGGUUCCCAAAGAACCUUUUAAUGCUAACAGUUACAUUACAAAUGAAGGAGCUUCUAAACCCAUGAUAUCUGAAUCAGAAGAAAAUGCAGAAAUGAUUGAAACUGUUAGUAAUAAACCGGAGAAAAAACUCAUUAAUCCUUAUACAGCUUUAGCUUAUCUAGAACAGAUAGAAAAAGAUAAAAAAGUUACAGACUCAUUUCGUGAUCUCGACAACAUGGAAUUUACGGAACGAAACAAAUUAACAUCUGAAACUAUAACGCCACUUACUAUUUCAGAUAAAACUUAUAAACCAUAUGUACAAACAGGUAUAAUAGAUAUGUUAAGACAACCUCUUAAUAUAAGUAAUACGGAUCCUAAAAGAAGUACGAUAUCUACUUCAUUUGCUACGACAUCUUUAACAGAUUCUUGUAAUAAACCAUUUGUUUCUUCUUUUAUAAGUCCAACCAUGUUAACACAAACUCUGAUUGAUUCAUCAUCAAAAUCAUAUGUUGCUGUGGCAUCAGUAUCUGAAAUUAUAAAAAAGUCAAAUACUGCAAUUAGUUCAUUAAAUUCCUCGAAAAAAUCAUGUGCUCCGUGUACUACCACAGAUGGAACAUCAAAACCAUAUGUUCUUGCAACAUCUGUUCUUCAAAUGCUACAACGGCAAAAAGAAAAAAUAGAAACUCCAAAAUCAGAAAUACACGAAAAUAAAAAUGAUGAUUCUUUGGCAUCAUUUCCUAUAUACUGGCGAUCAAGUGAAAAUUUAAAACCAAGUAAAGAGUUGGGUACUGAUAAAAUGAUACUUGAAACUAAUAAAAGCUCUGGAUACGUAACCAUAGCAGAAAAUCCUAAAUUAGAUCAACAAAUAGUACCAUCUACAACAUCGUCAUCUUAUAUACAACAUGACAGAUUUAAUAAGCCAUUGCCACAAAAUAUUGUUGGCCAGUCAUCAGACGAACAAUAUUGUAAAGUGACAGUUGUGCCAAGUACAAUGCAAUGAGAAGAAGUAAAUUAACUUUUGAUGGUUAUAAAAUGUAUACUUUGUGUUUCAAGACUUCCUUUAUAGUGGAGAUAAAAUGAAAUUAAUCAUAUGGUACAAUAAAACAAUGUAUUCAUAGGUACUUGAAGAAUGCAGUUGAACAUAGUUUAUUUAUAAUUUAAAAAAUGCAGUAAUUUUUAUGACUGGUUAGCACUCGAGGAAGCAUUUUUAAAUUUCCGUCAAAGAUGAAGAUGGAAAUAUUGUGCGUCCUGAUAAAGAUCCUGAUAGGAAGCACAAUAUUUUGUAUAAAUAACACAAUAUUAGUGAUUCAUGUACAUAUUAAUUCUUUUUACCACAAAAGAAUAAUGCAGUGCGUGGGUCAAAACAAACAACGCAAUGGCUCGCGAAACAAGUUCAAGCUAUUAGCGUAUCUGAAUGUUUGCCUGUAAUUUGGUUCAUGUAUCAGAUUCCUUGUUCUUAUGCUUGGCCUGUAAUUUGUACCAUGAAUUAAACUCGUGGUUUUCACAUUUGGUACCUCAUCGAUACCACAAGUCAGAUUCGUGGUAAUAGCAGAAAGGAUUAAAUACUAAGUGCCCUCACUUGUGAAAAUAUGUACAAAAUGUAUUACUUUUGUAUCAUAUAUUUUCUGAUGAAAGGGUCUUUUAGAUAUAAGACAUAAUAAUAUGAAUAAAUUAAGUAAAUUAUGUGACACAAUUUUAUUGAUAGUUUACUGCUAUCACAGUAAUCAAAUUGUUAUUUAAGCGUCAAUAUAUUAUCAUAAGAAUGAUGUUUUUCAAGUAAAUUAGAUUAAUAACAUUAAUCAGUAUAUUUUAAAGAACUAUACAAUUUUAACAGAAAAAUUACUUUGAUGUUACAUGAAAUUAAUCGAAAAUAAUUAAUCACAGAUUUAUAUUAUCCUUGUUAUGGAUAGUAAUGUGCAUACUAAUAUUCUUCUUGAAUCAUAUACUUCCAACAAAUACUGAAGCAAGCAAAUAUGUAAAAAAUAUUUUACUUAUUCUUCAACAGUGCAAUCCAUAUAUAGAGAUGUUAUUUUAGAAUAAAAGUUAACAAUUUUUUAUUCGUAUUAUUGUCCAUCAAAUAAAUUAUAUUAAAACUCACAUUACAUGCUAUUUACAUAUGUAAAUUGUUCAAUUGUAGAUAUAACUUUUAUUGUUUUUCUAUGAUAUUUUAUUAUCAUUAAUAGCAAUUAGCAAAGUUAACAAAACAAAUAAGUAAAUAUCUUAUAUAAAUAAGAACUAAUUCAAAAUAAA